AACGAGGUCCCGCCUCUCCGGAGACAUAUUCAUAAACCGUGUGAGACGCCCCUCUUCCGUUCCUUGCACACCUAUGGAGGAUGCUUUCCGUGUGCGAGGGAGGGAGGGAGGGGGGCUCCCCUUCCCGCGUUCCUAUUGGCCCCCGGUGAACUUCUGCCGCGGUGACGUCACACACCCACCGCCCCUGCAGCGCUGAAUGGAUCGAGCAGCCUGUCUGAUCCACUCCAAAACAGCUCAGCUCAGCACAGACACCAUCUCGGGAAUAAAGAAAUAGCCAGGAUAGAGGCUUGACGGGACAGCGAGGGAGACCCCCCCUGCAGAGAAGCGAAAGGCCUCAACAUCAGCGGCGGUUACUUUUGUUUCCUCCACGAACCAGGACGGGGGAGUGCGCCCACCGCGCUGCGGGUGUAUGUGCGUGCGUUUGCCUCCCGGGUUGGAUCACGAUGAUGCAAAGUGCGGCGGUCCUACCGACAGAGAGUCCUGUGAAGAGUUUACCGGAGAUUCUCGGAGUCCCACUGCAACAGAUCCCUCAGUGUGCGGGCUGCAGCCAGCACAUCCUGGACAAGUUCAUCCUGAAGGUGCUGGACAGACACUGGCACUCAAAGUGUCUCAAGUGCGCCGACUGUCAGACGCUGCUGGCGGACAAAUGCUUCUCCCGAGCAGGAAGCGUGUACUGCAAAGAGGAUUUCUUCAAGCGUUUUGGAACAAAAUGUGCAUCAUGCCAACAGGGGAUCCCGCCAACGCAGGUGGUGCGGAAAGCACAGGACUUCGUGUAUCACCUGCACUGCUUCGCCUGCAUCAUAUGCAGCCGACAGCUGGCCACCGGGGACGAGUUCUACCUCAUGGAGGACGGGAGGCUGGUGUGCAAGGUGGACUAUGAGACUGCAAAACAGAACGACGAUUCGGAGGCGGGGACCAAGCGGCCGAGGACCACCAUCACCGCCAAGCAGCUGGAGACCCUCAAAAGUGCCUACAAGAACUCCCCGAAGCCGGCGCGUCACGUCAGAGAGCAGCUCUCCUCAGAGACGGGACUGGACAUGAGGGUGGUGCAGGUUUGGUUCCAGAACCGGCGGGCGAAGGAAAAGCGCCUGAAGAAGGACGCGGGUCGGCACCGCUGGACCCAGUUCUAUAAAAGCGUCAAACGCAGCCGAGGCGGGACCAAAGUGGAGAAGGAGAGCUCAGCGGACGACGCGGGGCUCAGCGACAGCGAACUCAGCUUCAGAGACGACCAGGUCCUGUCGGACCUCGGCCACGCCAACGGGCUCUACGGGAGCGUCGGGGACGUGACCAGCACCGGCGUGCUGAACGGCGGCUUCUCCGUGGACGCGGCCGGGCAGCCGUACCACGACAUCCGAGCGGCGAGCCCCUACGGCCUCCCCCAGUCGCCGUCCUCCAUCGCGUCGCUGCCCGGCCACACGCCCCUGCUCAGCAACCUGGGCUUCAGCAUGGACAGCCUGGUGGCGCAGGGCGGGGCGGGCGGCGUGGGCCAGGCGCUGAGGGCCAUGGCGGGCGGCCCCACGUCAGACCUCUCCACCGGCAGCAGCACGGGGUACCCGGACUUCCCCACCAGCCCGGCCUCGUGGCUGGACGAGAUGGACCAUUCCCAGUUCUGAGGCUCCGACGCAGCAGACGGUGGAUGCGGCUGUUUGCAUUUCUUUCUACCGCCCUCUGAGACUGGUGGACGAGGAGACGCUCCGGCCCUCGGCAGUCGUGACGUGACAGCGAGGUCGCAGCCGGGUCCAGAUGCGGAAGCCGGAGAAAAGCGCUGAAGAACAUAUCCACUCCACUGAACGUUCAGUUCAUCACUGUAUCAUACGAAUUUAUUUUGUUCUUUCACAACAACCGGACCGGACUUCCGAUAAAUUGGUGGAUUAUAUCACAGGGGCGACUCCAUCGUCUGGUCCCCCUGAGUCACCCAUCCCUGUCUAACAGCUACAACAUUAGGGCUACAACCAGAACCGAGCCCCCUGAGGUCCAGGAGGCGCCUGCAUGCUUCUGAUCUGACGCGAGCAGGACUGACGCCUGGCCGUCAAAGCCUUCACAUCGGCGAUGCACUUUACUCCCCUCGUCUUUUUCUACACGCGUGGGCAGGGGCGCGGGGGAGAACGAGGGAGAAGGGGGAGACACGUAUGCACAAGGCAAAAACACGGUGUUUCAUUGGGAGAUGAAUUUACAAGAGCAGUGGCACAAGUGUGACUUUUGAACCAUUUCGGGUGUUUUUUUCCAUGCGUUGCUGAAGCUAAAGCGGUCACAGGAAGUCGGUGGCUGGUGGUUCUGUCUGUCUGUCUGUCUGUCUGUCUGUCUGUCUGUCUGUCUGUCUGUCUGUCUGUCUGUCUGUCUGCACAGCAGGCCUCUCUGCUCCGUCUUUCGGUGCUCGACUUGUUCUUGUUUGCGUUGAACCCGAGUCAGAGAUCAGUCGCCUUUUAGUGUCAUUUAGGAGAGCUGAGGAACUUCUAGGACACAGACGUAAGAAAAGGUCGAGACACCAACGAGUAUUAAAGCAGGAGCACGGGCAGGAGUUCCUUUUGUGUUGCCCUUCGUGUUUCCUCGCUGGGAUCUGGGCUCCGCUUGGUAAUCUACUCAUUCAAGCAGAGCUCCAGCUUUGCUUGCUGUCAACCUACUUACUGACCCCCAGAUGUGUUGUCCGCCAGCUUUCCCACAGCCCGGACUCCAUGUCGUAGGGAUUACCCCCCCCCCCCCCACACACACACACACGCACACACAGGGCUGAUACUCCACGGCAGCGCCAACAUGGCCGCUGAGCUGAUAUGUUUACUGCAGUUCACGCUCCACCACCAGGUCCGAUCCUCCUCGUAGCCGCAUGUCGAAAGCGGUUUUAUGGGAUGUUACAGUCUCCUCACUCCAGUUCCCGUCAGUCUGUAGAUGAAACGAAAUCCGUACACGUGUCACUUUUGUGUGAACAUUUUGCCAAGUCCGUUUUCUACCCGAGCAUCAUGUAACAGCCAGUUAGCAAAUCAACAAAAAAAGCAACACAACUUUGCCGCUCACAAGUUACAGUAAUGAUUUGGCAAAUACAUGGUACCAAUGAAAAUCUGGUAAAAAUACUGGGAAGCGAUGGAUUCUUUCCCUUGUAAAUACCAGCUGAGUCAGUUAGUGCUUCAUUGGUACCUUGUACAAUAUAUUAGUGAAGUAAAGGCUGUGAUCUCCAGUGUUUCCAUGACAUCACCACAGGUCUGUUUGUUCUGUGUUGCCUCAGAAGUUUGCAUCUUGUUGUAAAUUUUGUACAGUUUGACAAACGUGUUGAUCGUCUUGUUUCAUGAGCGCUAUUUAUUAUUGCCAUGUGUCUUUGAAAAAGAUGUAAAAGAGAGCACUGAAUUUAUUCAUUUAUGCCUUCUGUGUAACGGUAUGAGCUGUGUACAGUCAAAUCUAUAUGAGGAAAAUAAAGCUGAAUUGUCUUUGGGUUACCCUCGGGUGCGUUUCUCUUUAAUACA